AUGUUAAACGCACAGACAAUUCCAGAUAAAUAUCCCAUCAGGUACUUACAAGACUUCACCCAUUACAUAUCGGGUUGUACAAUUUUUUCUACGCUAGACUUGGUGAAAGCGUACAAUCAGAUACCAGUCAACCCAGAUGAUAUUCCGAAGACAGCCAUCACCACACCAUUUGGUAUGUUCGAAUUUCCAUACAUGAAUUAUGGCUUAAAAAAUGCGAGCCAAACCUUUCAAAGGUUUGUAGACGAGAUAACACGAGGACUUGAUUUUUGCUUCGUGUACCUGGAUGAUUUUCUAAUAUUUUCCCAGGACGAAGACAGCCAUCUUGAUCACACACAUCAAAUCUUUGAAAAACUUAAGGAAUUCGGUAUGGUUAUCAACACGAGCAAAUGUGAAUUUGGUAAGAAAGAAAUCACCUUUCUAGGGUAUCACGUCCCAGCCAACGGUGUUAAGCCUUUAGACAGUAAGGUUCAAGCCAUCAAAGACUUCCCCACUCCGAAAACCGUACGAGAACUUCGGCGUUUUCUAGGGAUGCUAAACUUUUAUCGCCGAUUUAUCAAAGGAGCUGCUGAAAUUCAGGCACCAUUAAACUCUUUGCUGACGGGGUCCAUAAAAGGAUCACGUUCCGUGGAUAUAUCGGGAGAAGCCCUAUAUGCUUUUGAGCAGUGCAAAACUAGCCUCUGUCAAGCAGCAUUCUUGGCACAUCCAGAUCUAAACGCAAGAUUAGGUUUGGUAACCGACGCCUCAGAUAAGGCAAUCGGUGCCACCUUGCAGCAAGUAAAGAAUGGAUCAUGGCAGCCACUUGCAUUCUUCUCUAAGAAACUGAAACCAGCCCAACAGAAAUACUCGCCAUACGACAGGGAGCUUCUUGCUAUAUACAAAAAAGAUAAGUGCUCACCCCGCCAGUAUCGUCAUCUCGAUUUUAUAUCACAGUUCACCACCGACAUCCAACACAUCUCUGGAAAAGAUAACAUAGUGGCUGAUACGCUUUCAAGAGUGGAAGAAUUAGCUCAGCCUGUUAAUCUAGUUACCUUAGCCAAAAUGCAGGACGUGGAUACGGAACUGAAAGAAAUUCUGAAAGGUGGGACAUCACUUCGAUUAGUUAAGGUACCAAUACCUGGCACGAAGACAGACCUAUAUUGUGAUGAUGGAACUGGAAAUCAUAGGCCUUACGUACCUCAAAACUUAAGGAAGCAAGUCUUUGACAGUUUACAUUCGCUGAGCCAUCCUGGGGUCAAAGCUACAACAAAGUUGAUAACAGAACGCUACGUUUGGCCAGGAGUAAAGAGAGACUGUCGUGAAUGGUCGAAAACGUGUCACCCCUGCCAGCGUGCAAAAAUAACACGUCAUGUCUCCGCACCUUUAGGCACGUACAAAUUACCACCUGCCAGAUUCCAAUACGUCCAUUUAGACAUCAUUGUACCUUUACCUGUAUCAGAUGGAUAUCGCUAUUGUUUUACAGCAGUUGAUAGAUUUACCAGAUGGCCUGAGACAAUACCCUUAUCAGAUAUCACUGCUGAAACUGUUGCAAAAGCAGUUCUUAAUGGCUGGAUCUCGUGUUUUGGGUGUCCUGCUGAAAUCAUCACAGAUCGAGGAAGACAAUUCGAAUGUUCCUUAUUUAAACAUCUAUCCAAUCUAAUCGGAUUUCAGCAUAAGCGAACUACAUCUUACCACCCAGCGUGCAACGGUAUGGUAGAAAGGAUGCACAGACAUCUAAAAGCCGCUAUUGUAUGUCACAAUAAUCAACGAUAG